AGCUGUGUUUCUUAAUCGCGUCAGGCUAUAGAGGCGGCUUGGUUGAGCAGAGUAACAGAGCUGAAUGUGGCGGUUUGGAGCUGUAGGAGCUUCUUCACUCUACAGACGGGCAGCCACAGUAUGAGAGAUCAAGCCAGACAUGGACAAAUAUGAGAAGGUGAAGAAGAUUGGCGAGGGCUCUUUUGGGAAAGCCAUUUUGGUGAGGUCCAAGGAAGAUGGCCAUCAAUAUGUCAUCAAAGAGAUUGGCAUCUCUAGAAUGUCAAACAAAGAGAGGCAGGAGUCACGCAAAGAAGUGGCAGUUCUUGCUAACAUGAGCCAUCCUAACAUUGUGCAAUACAAGGAGUCCUUUGAAGAGGGUGGCUGCUUGUAUAUAGUUAUGGACUACUGUGAGGGAGGUGACCUGUUCAAGAAGAUCAAUAAUCAGAAAGGAGUUCUGUUCACUGAGGAGCAAAUACUUGACUGGUUUGUGCAGAUAUGCCUAGCUCUCAAACAUGUGCACGAUCGCAAGAUCUUGCACAGAGAUAUUAAGUCACAGAAUAUUUUUCUGACUAAGGAUGGUACGAUACAACUUGGGGACUUUGGCAUUGCCAGAGUUUUAAACAGUACUGUGGAGUUGGCCAGAACCUGCAUCGGCACGCCUUACUACCUUUCACCUGAGAUAUGUGAAAAUAAACCGUACAACAACAAAAGUGAUAUUUGGGCCUUGGGAUGUGUCCUGUAUGAAAUGUGCACGCUAAAGCAUGCCUUUGAGGCUGGGAACAUGAAGAACCUGGUAUUGAAGAUUAUCCGUGGUUCGUACCCCCCAGUGUCCAUGCACUACUCGCAGGACCUGCGUUCUCUUCUGGGACUUCUGUUCAAGCGUAACCCCCGUGAGAGACCAUCCGUUUGCACAAUACUGGACAAACCUUUCCUUGUCCGCAGAAUCCACAGGUUCCUCUCCCCACAGCUCAUUGCUCAGGAAUUCAGCCAGUCUCUUCUCCUCAGACAACCCAAAACCCCUGCCCAGGGAUUACCAGCCAAGCGUCCUGCCCCGGGUCCAUCCCCCAUCACCCCAGCUCAGAAAAUCACCAAACCAGCUGCCAAAUAUGGAGUGCCUUUAACUGUAAAGAGACCUGCUGAUGCUGGAAGAAAGGUGGCUGAUGCAGCCAAAAAACAGGUGGAGAGAAAGCCUGGGAUCAAACUUAAACAGGCUCCCCCUCCAGCAGCAGGUCAAAGGAGAGUGAGUCGGGUGGAGGAGGAGAGGAGGAAGUAUGAGGAAGGAGUGAGGAAGAAACGGAUGGAACUGAUGGAGAGAGAAAGGAAACAGAGAGAGCAGAUGUUCAUUCUUAAAGCUGCUCAAGUAAAAAGAUUUGAGAGGGAAAAGCUUAACCGGAUCAAUCGUGCACGGGAGCAAGGCUGGAGACACGUUUUAAGCUCUAGUGGAGGCAGCAGCCCAGAGAGAAAGUUUUAUGGUGGUGGAGGCAUAAGAGGCCAGCCUGCUCCUGCACCUGGCCCCACUCCUCUACCCGGCCCUGCACUCGUCCCAGCUCCACUGCCCUGUCCAGCCCCUGCUCCCAAAGAGGGGCCAAAAGCUUCAAGAGAAGUCAGUCCAGUGAGGCCUGCAGGAGACCAUGGGAUUCCAAAUGGUCACCCCUGCCUCCCAAAAGGGAAAUGUCUUAAGAAAGAGCCACGAAGGACGAGCCUCCAGAGCGACGCAGUUUCUAAAAAUGACUACGCUAGCAGGUUGAGAGCUCAGAUGGCUGCAGAGCGGUCCAAACAGGUAGAAGAGUUCUUGCAGCGGAAGCGAGAAGCCUUGAUUAAUAAAGUCCGUGCUGAAGGUCAGCUGGGUGCCCGACAAAACCUGGCCGCCAUCUUUGCAAGUCGGACUAAUUCUUCUAGAUGCAGGAGGCCCAGGGUCAACAAAGAGGAGGAGGAAUACUUGACAAGGCUGAGGCAGAUCAGGCUACAGAACUUUAAUGAGCGUCAGCAGAUCAAAGCACGCCUCAGAGGAGAAAAGUAUGACAGUGAGUGUUCAGACAGUCAGGAGUCCAGUGAAGAGUUGGAGCUCAGGAGAAAAAAGAUAGAAGCUCUGAAGGCCCAGUCAAAAACGCGUGCAGCUGUGCUGAAAGAACAACUGGAAAAGAAAAGGAGAGAAGCUUAUGAGCGAGAAAAGAAAGCAUGGGAGGAUCAUCUGCUUGCUCGAGGUGUGAAGGCUGCUAUUGGACCUGCAAAUGCAAAUGCAGCUACACCUUCUCCUACUCCACCACCUCACCCUGAGCCAACCCCUCAGGAUGUAGUCACUAAAGUCACACCCUCCAGCAGACCCAGCACUCCGGCCAUCUCAAUGACAGCAGCUCUGAAGGACGUGGGCGCGAUUGCUACUGUGCAUACCUCCCCAAAAAAGGAGGAGCUCCCAAAAACAGAGACUGUAGAUGUUCAGAGUGAGCGAAAAGAAAUUCUGCGAAGGCUAAAUCAGAACCUGAAGGUUCAGACUCCUGCUGAAGCCAAUGAGGGUAAAGUGAUGCCCCCUGAUGUGCCAGAAACCACUCCUCAGACCAGCCAGUCAGUUGCAGAGGAGAGACCACAAACUAGGGGUGACAGGCGCAAAUGGGAUGCUGGAGAGCCACCCAUUCUCUCAGUAGCCCAGUUGACUUUGGAGGACACUUGUAGCACUAUGGCAGUCUCUCAGGAUGUGUCUCCAGAGCAAAGUGCUCCCUCUGGUGGUGAUAGGAGGAGGUGGCAGGCUGGAGAUGCUCCACUAUCUAUGGCCCAACAAACUCUGCAGACUACCACUAUUAAUACAGCAGAACGAACAACUGGUGAGGUAAUUCCCAUGGAAGCCUGGCAGGGAGAAGGGCAUAAGGAAUGUGGACCUACUCCGAUUUCAGAAGUUUUGAAGAUACUAGAGGAGGCAGAGCUGCAGCCCAUCACUCAGUGCCUGGAUAACAUCAGCAUCUCUGACGACACACUCACCAAAAGCCAUAAGACUAAAGUUGGGCCUUCAGAUGUUGCUGAUGGACCCAUACCAGAACCUCAGCCAAGUCAAGCUGUCACAGACCAGGACCAAAAAAGCAGAACUGCCACUGCCCACGACCAUGAAAACAGAGAUUCCAUUGGCAAGAACCAACAGCAGGUUGUCUUUGGCAAGGACCAAAAAUUUCACACUGCCAAUGACCAGGAUCAUGAGCAACAGUCUGAAAAUAUGGAGGCUGUGUCCGAUUCAGUGGAGGCCAGAAAUCAUGAACAACAGACCUGCCCAGCAGAAAAGACACAGAAGAGUCUCCCUGGUGAAAGAGAGACUGAUGUGCCUGUAGGUGCAGAUGAGGUAGAGUCUUUAAUUCUGGAAGAGGAUCCACAGCAAGUCUCCAAACCCACAGCUGCAGUGAUGCAUGCAUGGGGACAGGACGUUGGGACAGCUCUAACUGAGAAACAGAAGACUGAGGAGAAAGUAGACCCAGAACAGGCAAAGCAGACUGAGAACAAAGUGAAUGAAGAGGCUGCAUUUAUGAAGCUGACCUGCAGUCCUGCGCACCGCCGCACAGUGGUGCUGUCUCUCCUCUCUGCCCAGUCUUCAGUGGAAGACUCCUCUUCUUCAGUGGCGUCCCGUUCCCGCUCUGUGUCUCCACUGCGCACCCACUGUCCUGAUGACGUGCUCCUCAUUGGCCUCUCUACCGGUCUCUUUGAUGCCAACAAUCCCAAGAUGCUGAGGACAUGCUCUCUGCCAGAUCUCGGUAAACUCUUCACUGGCUUCACAGAACCUGAUGGAGCUGCCACCCAGGAUCAGAAUCUGGAGAUAGAGGACCUGGAAGACAAAGAGGAUGAACAGUCCGAAACUGAAGAUGUGUAUGAGGAUGAGGACCUCAGAGAGCUCAGAGCAUCAAUGGAGAGAUUGCUCCAGCAGCAGCGCAGUGAUGACGAUGAAAAUGAAGACGAUGAUGAUGGUGAUGACAAUGGUGACUCUAAUGGUAGCCCUCCCGAUGAAGAUGAACCUGACAAAAAAAGCAAGACCGGUCCAGCAGAAGAAGGCUUGAAUGGCACUACAGCUAAAGUGGAGAAUGGUGGUGGUGAUCUUGGUUGUGGUGAUGAUGAUGAGAGUGCCGAUGUCAGUCUUGCAGAAGAGGAAGGAGAGCUGAUGAGUAAUGGACUAGAUGUAGCAGAGGAUGAAGAGCAGAGUAGCGAGAGGCAGCUCGAUGAAGAGUGGCACUCGGACGAUAGUGAGGAAGAGGAGGAGAGUGAUUGUGAGCAGCAGGACAGUAUCUUCAGUCGUCUGGAGGAGCUGCGCUUCCAUUUGGAGCAGGCAAUGGGCUUCGAGCACUUCAUCCAGGCCUACAACAAGAUCAAGGCCAUCCACGAAGAUGAAGACGAGAAUAUCGAUAUGGGCUCCAGCAUGGUCCAGAACAUUUUGGGAACCAAACACCAGCAUCUGUAUCCCAAGAUCCUCCACUUGGUGAUGGCAGAUGGAGCAUACCAAGAAGAUAAUGAUGAAUGAGGUACUCUUGCAGGCUGCCGGCUGCUUUGGACAAUCUGCUGGCAGAGUGAAGUCUUCCCCUAAUGCUGUGCGUGAAGCAGUGAGAGAAAGCUUGGUCAGUUUGGAGUUUAUGAAUGACUGUCUUCUGUCCACGACCAGCAACUGAAGCACUACUGUGUAAAAUACAUGUAUAAGAAGAAAAGUAAUAUUUAACCAAAGCCUAACUUCAUGUGUGUGAGAGAGAAAGAGAGAUGAGUGUGUUGAGAAUGUGUGUGUGUUAGAUGUAUGCUUAUGUAUGUAUGUUUCUAACUGUUGACCGGUUGUGUGCACCAAAUUCAUGUUACUACAGUAUUUUCUAACAGCUGAAGCCAUGCUAGACCUGGGUGGCCAGUGUCUGAGGUCAGGGUCAGUAUCCAUCCAGCAACAGGUGCUUAUGUGUGACAUGAGGCAAACCUCGGCUUCAUCACUCUGCACCAGUCUUUACACACUCUACACCUCCUUUUUCUACUUUUUACAGGACAAAACUAAACUUUUGUGAGAGUGCAUGCAGAACUGGUUAGGACCGGUACUUUUUUCCUACUUCAGAGGCUUCACUCAAAAGACAGGAUGGAGUUGCUUUAAGCUUAUUUACAGCAUAAAUUGAUGCAAUGAUCGUGUUCUUUAAAUUGUAGUUCCACCAAUGUUUCACAAUUUCUGCAUAACUCAGUUGUUAAAAAGAAGACAAAGUCAUACAGAUUGGUGCAUUGUAGAGAUACACAUGUCUUCAUUGAUUUCAUGGUUAUAUUGAAAUAGUGAUUGGCAAACUAUGGAGUCUAUUUUAUUUCCCAAUGCCUUGCAUGUGCUUCUUCAGUGUAGAAGUCACAGAAAUCUAAUCAUAACAGAUAUUAUGAACAGAUUUCUGCAGUUUUUUUUUUGUGAUUAUUCAAGUAGUCAUGUGAACAUCAUGCUCCGAUUUCUUGUCGCUGGAUUUUAGCUCGGAUUUUAGCUCACAUUUCUCAGUCCUUGUAUCUGAAUACUCUGAAUGAAUAUUGUUUGAUUUUGUAUUCACAAUCAUUUAUUAAACCUUUUAGGGGUUUAGCCAUUUAUACAUACCUUUAACCCCAAGAUGAUCUGGUUCCAUUCAUCACCACUGUGAUAAAACAGUUUUGCCAUUUAAAAGCUCUUAUAGACCUGCAUAUUUCCACUUUAAACCACUCUGAACGACUUUGUUUACAUUUUAACCAUUGACCUUGAUACAGUGGAAUCCCCCUUUAGGUGUUAAUGGAAUGUGCAUAUAUCCCCUGUGCAUGCAUUAUACACACCUUCUGCUGUUGCACCUUUUCGUGAUGUAAUGGAUUGAUGUAAUUGUACUGCUCUGCUGUGGUACAUUCAAAAUGCAAGUGUUGUACAGAUUAUUGUCAAAUGAUUUAAAAAAGAGCAGAGGAAUGGGAAAGAUGAUAUUUAUGUGCUGUCUGAUAUAGACACAAAACCUUUUAUCUUUGUAUUGAUAAAUAAACCUUUUUUUUAAUGUAAA